AACAUGCUUGCUGCUGGGCACUCAUUUGUCGAUUGGCCCGUUCGCUUUUAGAGGAGUGGUCAGCGUUGACAACCCGGAAAUGAAGUGCGUUCACAUCUAGGUGACAAACGGUCGAUUUCAAGCAAAACAAUGGCUUCUACCGGUGGAGCCCAUCCCCCACCAGAGGGAGGUUCAGGUCCAGACCCUCAGACUCCUGUCUUGAGGAUCAACCAGCUGGAUGCCUUUGAGCUGGACUCUGCUCUGGACCAGCUGGUGUGGAACCAGUUCUCCCAGUGUUUCCAACACUUCCGCCCAGGCCUGCUCACUCCCGUGGAGCCUGAACUCAAGGCCCUGCUCCAGCUCCUUCUCUGGAGGUUCACAGUCUACCCCAACAGUGCUACGGUGGGCCAGUCUAUGAUGAACCUCCGUUACCACAACACUCUGUCACUAUCCCAGCGCUACAGGACCCUGAGCAGGAGACAGAGGCUGGGCCUGGCCCUGCUGACAGUCGGCCCCCGCUGGCUGAUGGAGCGAUCCCACAGCUUGCUCCUCUCCCUGGGGUUGGGGCUGGGGGGCAGUCCCCCGGCCAAUGGAGGUCUGCGUCUGGGACUGCGUCGAGUUCUUUCUCUGAUCACCGGCCUUACCCAGGUAGCCAAUCUGAUCAACUUCCUGGUGUUCCUGAGGAAGGGGCGCCACCCAUCUCUGACAGAAAGGAUCCUGGGUAUCCGUGCGGUGUUCACUAAGCCCCAGGCGGUCCGGGAUGCAGCCUUCCAGUACAUGAAUAGAGAGCUGCUGUGGCACGGCUUCGCUGAGUUCCUCAUCUUCCUCCUCCCUCUAGUCAACAUGAGGAAGAUCAAGACAACCAUGUAUUCACUUCUCUACCCCCUAGGAGUGGGUGAGGGAGGGGAGGAGGGGGUGAGAGAGGGCUCAGUGGUUUGGAAGGAGUGUGCUCUGUGUGGGGAGUGGCCUACCAUGCCUCACAUGGUAGGUUGUGGUCAUGUGUUCUGUUACUACUGCGUCAAGAGUCACUCCAUCGCCGACGCCUACCUGACAUGUCCUAAGUGUGGCGUAGAAGUCGGGGAGGCAAAGGCUGUCAAACUGCAGAUCGAGAUUACUGACAUCCACGCUAGAUGAUAAUGUCACAUCCAGUCACGGAACACACACAACACGUGUUUACUUGUAAAGUGAGCUUUUGGUGACACUCAAGGUCACAGUGAAUGGACUUCAAUACACAGUGUCUAUAGAAAAAUUGACAUUUACACAUGCACACACACAAACACGGACAGACAUUCAGAAAUACACACACACACACAAAGGGUCUCAGAGGGGCCCUUUAACUGAGCAAGGUUUCUUUGCUUAAGAUACUCUGGGUGACGAUGGAAGAUGCACUGGAUAGACAAGAUGAUGAUGACUGAGAUUCAGUCUGUUGUAUGAACAGACAGGGCCUGUCUGCCCAUGUAUAAUGUAUGUGAGCACACACUCACUGACCAUCAUGCUCCUGUUGCCCCUCCAUUCCUACUGUUAGACUUUGGACAGACCUGUUUGUUCACACAGCUCUGAGUGACUGUUGGAGAAACACAGAGCAUAUAUUUGAUGAAGAAAUGUGUUGAUUUUGCCCCAAAUUGGCCUUGUGCUGCUCUGUUCUGUUCAAAUGGGAAUAUUUGUUCUGAUGAAAAAUGCAAAAACAUGACUGAUGGGACUAAUAAAUAAUGGAUGAUAUUCUGUUGCUCAUCACCGCUAACGAAAUUUGCAUCUGUUUGUAUUUGUGCCUAAAUUCUGUUCAUUAAAAUGUAGUCAAUUUAAUUAAUACCCAAAUAAUGACCCCAUUUAAUGGGUGUUUCUUGUUUUAAAGUGAAGAGAGAAAUUUAGGAAAGUUAUAACAUACACGCUUCUCCCCAUCUCUCCUUCUCUUCCCAUCUCUCCUCUCCCUCCGCUCUCUCCCUCUGGUCUCUCCUUCUCUUCCCAUCUCUCCUCUCCCUCUGCUCUCUCUCUCCCUCUGGUCUCCAUCUUGCCUUCUCUCCCUCUGCAUCUCUCCUCUCUCUCCAUCUUUCCCUAUGCUCUCUUCCCAUCUCUCCUCUCCCUCUGCCCAUCUCUCCUCUCCCUCUGCUCUCUCUCCAUCUCUCCUUCUCUUCCCAUCUCUCCCUCUGCUCUCUCUCCAUCUCUCCUUAUCCCCUUUCACACUGCCAAAACAUGCAAAAGAUCAAGGGGCAGCCAGGGGCUCAGAUUGGAGACACACUUAUACACUUUCUGUCUCUCUCUCUCUGCCUCUCUCACACACACUCAGUAAUCUCGGCGGGCCUCUCCCUAUAAGUCAGGCUGUGAACUGUAGUGAACCUCUGGCAGCCUCUUGGUUCCUUGCAGGCGAAUCACUGCCUAAUCCCUGUAAUGACUGCAAAGAUGCUUAUUUAUGCUGGAGUUAACCUCCUCCAAUGAGCCCAGCCCCGGGCCAAACGUAGCCCUGCCCAGUGAGGCCUUCUCUGGGCUGGUGGAGAGCAGAGACACCCCUCCUCUGGAUGAUCACUAGAGCUUAAUUGCUGAUUGCAGAGGCAAUCAAUCAGGACUAUAGGUGAGUUGGGGCCUUGUGGAGAGAUGGGUUUGGUCAGGCUGGUUCUCUCUCUCUCUCACACACAGACACAUACACUACUGACGGCUUAGUUUCUUUUGAGGCCUGUUUGGUUUGGUCUAGCUUACACAAACUCACUAAUACACACAAACACACUCAUCCUGGUUCACUUCUGAAGGGGUUGAUGAAAUUUGUUAGACACAAAGAAAAUAUUUGGUGUUUCUUGGAUUGAGGGCUUUUGCUCAUGAGAUCAAUACACAGGGAUUCUACAGUAUUUACUGAUGAUGUUCAUGUUAAUUAUUAAAAUGCCUAACCACCAUG